GUGCUUGUGCAGGAGGUGCUGGGGCCAGAUCGGGGAGCGGCGGAGUCGGACCACAAGAAGCGGGCCACGCACAUCUUGACGGUCGUCGACAACGUCACCAGGAUGGCCGACGACCUCGCCGACGACCUCGACAGCCCCGCGCUGAGCCCCGCGGGCGCCGCCAGUCCGGCGGGGCAGCCUCUCGACGGCAGCGGCCGCGGCGACGCCGUCGCCCCGGUGGCGUUGUCCUUCGAGGGGAGCGCUGCGGCUGCGCCGGCCGCCUCGGAGUCGAGGGCGGUGGCCAUGGCCCAGUCCGUGCUCCAGAGCCGGGCGGUCGGGAGGCACCGCGAGCAGGACAGGGCGACGCUCGCGGAGAGGAGCAGCGAGCUCGAAGAGACCGCCCGGCGGGUGAAGCAGAUGCACGAAGCCACGGACGGCGAGCUGCAGAAGGUCGACAAGAGGCUCAAGGUCCUCGCGAG